AUGUCUGGGCAGUACCUCAACACCAUCACAGAAAAUGCCUCCAGGCUCGGAAUGCGAAUACAGGAGUCGUUCUCGGAGCACACAAGGGACCUGACUGUUGGCCGCGGCAGCCUUGCCUACCUCGAUGCAGAUGAUAAGUCCAAGCUUCUCAAUAUCCGGAAGCAGCUCGACUCGAACAGCGACAGAGAAAAACUCGAUGCAAUGAAGCGACUCGUAGCGCUCAUAUCGAAAAACCGCAACGUGUCUGAAUACUUUGCCCAAGUCGUUAAAAACGUCGCUUCCCAGAACCUCGAAAUUCGCAAGCUCGUGUACAUAUACCUCCUGCGCUAUGCAGAACAGGAACCAGACCUCGCGCUGCUCUCUAUCAAUACCUUCCAAAAGGACCUGGCGGACAGCAACCCAGUGAUCAGGGCAAUGGCAUUGCGCGUGUUAAGUGGGAUAAGGGUGCCUAUGAUUGGGAGUAUCGUCGUUUUGGCUAUCAAAAAAUGCGCAGCGGAUCCGAGCCCUUACGUUCGCAAGGCAGCGGCAUUGGCCAUUCCUAAAUGUUAUGAAUUAGAUUUAUCCCACCUCCCUGCGCUGAUCCAAAUCAUCACCACUCUCCUGCGUGAUCGCUCUCCACUCUCCCUUGGGGGCGUAGCAGUCGCGUUUGCGGCCGUGUGUCCAACCCGGUUUGACCUGUUACAUCUUCAAUACCGGAGGCUUUGCAAGAUUCUCCCGGACGUUGAUGAAUGGGGUCAAGUCGAGCUCAUGAAUUUGUUACUUCGAUACGCACGCGUAAUGCUGCCGCGUCGGGAUGAGGAGGAGCUGGAUAAAGAUCUUCAGCUUUUGCUGGCGUCAACCGAAUCGGUUUGCUACAGUCGGAAUCCAGCUGUUGUCUUAGCGGCGACAAAAGUGUUCUAUUAUGGUGCACCCAUAUCGCAGCUGCCCAAAAUUGUCCAUCCCCUUCUUAGACUCCUCAAUACGUCCCCAGAGGUGCAGCGUGUGGUGGUGGUAUACUUGCUGGUCAUCACUAAAUCUGCCCCUGGCUUAUUUGCUCCAUUUUAUUCCCGGUUUCUUGUUCGUUCAGACGACUUUCCCCAACUUAAAACAGACAAAAUCAAACUUUUAUUGAAUGUGCUAACUGUGGACAACUACCAAACAGUUAUGAGAGAAUUUAUAGAUUACGCUGACGACACCAACGAUGAAGUUGUUGCAGAGGCCAUACGAGCCUUGGGUCGAUGUGCGCGUCAAGUUCCAGACUCGGUACAACAGUGCUUGACAGCAUUGAUCUCCAUGAUCAAAAGCCCCCACGACGUUGUGGUCAGCAAUGCCGUACUCGUGCUGAAAUAUCUUGUCCAGACGCAACUUGACGUUAACUCCUCAUCUGUCGCGAAGACUACUCAAUCACCACUCUCGAUCAUCUCCCAUCUUGCCCGGAGAAUCGACGACAUUAAGCACGCGCAGGCGCGAGCUUGCAUUCUAUGGCUUGUGGGUCAAUACGGCUCUUCUAAUUCUUGUGACGGGGUAGCAGAAUGGGCACCUGAUGUGCUUAGGAAGACGGCCAAAACCUUUGGAAACGAGGCGCCGCUCGUCAAAUUGCAGAUCGUGACUCUCGCGGCCAAGCUAUUCAUUAUGUCACCUACCGAUCGGACACUUGGCCUCCUAAGCCGAUAUAUAUUCUCGCUUGCCCGCUAUGAUAUGAAUUAUGAUGUGCGUGAUCGAGCAAGAAUGGUCACGUCAUUGUUGGUUGGCGUAGCUCCAAAUUCACUCGUCAAUGGAGAUGAACAACCAGAGGAAAGGAGUGGUGUCGUAUUGAGAAGGGAGCAGAUUCGGUUGGUUUUAUUUGAGGGUAAAUCAGGGGUGGUGAACGAUGAACCAAGUCAUUUAGGUGCGCACUUGUUUUAUUUAUUAAAGAUUAAAAUGUUGAGAAAGGGUACAGAUGAUGAGAAUGUAAUGAUAGGGACAGUGAGCGUUAUAAUAGGCAAACCGAUGCGGAUGGACGAUGUGUUACCCGACUGGUUGGAGAGAGGCGUUGAAUCAUCACUGAGAGAUUCUGAAGAUGACGCUCUACCGUCGGAUGUACCAUUGGCGCUGUCAUCUGGCGGGAAGCAGCUGAUGAAGGGCAUCCUGACACCACCUGUUGUUCUUACACCGAGUGGAGGGUCGUCACCCAGGAAUGGUGGGGCAUGGAGAGAUCUGGAUUCAUUCUAUGCGGAUGCGGAAGAGGAAAGUGGGGAGGAGGAGGAGGAGGAGGAGGAAGAUGGGGGCGAGGAAGAGGACGACGACGGCGACGAAGAAGAGGAGGAGGAGAGUGGGGCGGAGGAAGAAGAAACGGGAUCCGAGGGAGAGCGGAAUUCCUAG